UUUCUACUGUUCUCUCUCUAUCUUCCCCCCCCCCCCAAUCCUUUCUCUCCCUCGGGUCAAAAGAAAAACAAAGAAUUCAUCAUCCAUGGUUGGGCUUGGCGAUAGCAAUUCCAGUUGCAAUAAUAACAACAAAGCAAAAGACAAGAAGAGGAAGAAGAAGAAGAAGCGUGGGGGUAGCAAGCGGAAGAUGACCGCUGAGCAAACUCUGGCUUUCAAGUCGGUGACUGAAUGGGUUUAUUUGGAUCACCAGAAUUCUUCUUCCACAGCGGCCUUAUCUUCGUGGGUGGUGGAUGAUUUUGGGGUGCAGAAGAGUCUGGGAAGAGGCAUGGAGAAAGUGGUGUUUGAAUUGCAUUCCCAUUCUAAACAUAGUGAUGGGUUCUUGUCCCCUUCUAAGCUCGUUGAGAGAGCUCAUGGCAAUGGGGUGAAAGUUCUUGCUCUGACAGAUCAUGAUACAAUGUCUGGGAUCCCUGAGGCCAUAGAAACAGCUCGCAGAUUUGGUAUCAAGAUAAUCCCUGGUGUUGAGAUCAGCACAAUAUUCUCACCAAGGAACUCUGAAAUGGAGGAACCAGUGCACAUCCUUGCAUAUUACAGCAGCUGUGGCCCAACAAGGUAUGAGGAGCUGGAAACGUUCUUGGCUAACAUAAGGGAUGGACGUUAUCUCCGUGCAAAGGACAUGGUUUUGAAACUCAAUAAACUCAAGCUACCUCUUAAGUGGGAGCAUGUUACUAAGAUUGCAGGCAAGGGAGUGGCUCCUGGGAGACUGCAUGUAGCUCGAGCUAUGGUUGAAGCAGGUUAUGUAGAGAAUCUAAAACAAGCUUUUGCCAGAUAUUUAUAUGAUGGUGGACCUGCUUAUUCCACGGGAAGCGAGCCUCUUGCAGAAGAAGCAGUGCAGCUUAUAUGUGAAACAGGGGGUUUAGCAGUGCUGGCUCAUCCCUGGGCACUAAAGAAUCCUAUUCCCAUCAUAAGAAGGUUAAAAGAUGCAGGGCUUCAUGGAAUGGAGGUUUACAGAAGUGAUGGAAGAUUGGCAGCGUACAGUGACUUGGCAGAUACUUAUGACCUUUUGAAGCUUGGAGGAGCAGAUUAUCAUGGGAGAGGUGGGCAUGGUGAGUCUGAACUAGGAAGUGUGAACCUUCCAGUGUUGGUUUUGCAUGACUUUCUUAAGGUAGCUCGACCUAUCUGGUGUGGUGCCAUUAAGGACAUUUUAGAGACUUAUGCAGAGGAACCCUCUGAUUCAAAUCUAGCCAGGAUUGCAAGAUUUGGGAGGAUGGGCAGUUUCAGGGGAAGUUCUCCCUUGAGUUGUGGCCAGGACUUUAUUGAUUGUUGUUUAUCAUCCUGGUUGACUACCGAAGAAAGGCAGAAUGCUGAGUUUGAGGCUAUUAGAUUGAAGCUUUCCUAUAUUUCAAUCGAUCUGGGUGAAGUACAAGCUCCUAUAGGGAGUAAAUGAUGAUUGAAAAAGAUUACGACAUUUGCUUCUUGGAAUGAUGCUGAGAACACUGAGUGAUAGUUGAUUGAAAAAGAGUACGACAUUUGCUUCUUGGAAUGAUGCUGAGAACACUGAGUGGCAGAUUCUUUUCCUUUUGAAUAGUUUGGAAAAGACUGGAAUUUAAAAGUAGUCAUAGUCUGUGUUAGCUGCUGGGAUCUUGAUUCAACCGAGUCGUUUUAAUUUUUUUUUGGCCCUUUCUUAUUUUCUUGCCAGCAUGAAAAAACAUGUAUAUCAAUGUACCAUCUACUCGCUUUAUUCUCCUGUCUGUCCUUUCUAGAAGCUGAUAUAAUUCUUGUUUUCUAAAGGUUAAAAUAUAGAGUAUUCCUUUGGCUACUUGGAAUUCAUUCA